CUGCCGGUCGCCACCCGCGCGGGGCGGCGGAGCCGCGGCGCUGCCGCGAUGGCCGGCUCCGGCGUCUGGACGAGCCUCAGGGCCCUGCUGCGGCGGCCCGAGGCGCCCUUGUUCCUCAACGACUCCAGUGCCUUGGACUUGUGCGACGAGGCGGCCGACGAGGACUUCCCGCGGUUCAACAAGCUGCGCGUGGUGGUGGCCGACGACGCGGCGGAGGCGGCGGCGCCGCCGCUGAACAGGGCGCCCGCGCGGCCGCCGUCCGACGACGAGUCGCUGCUGGAGCGGGACAUCGCGCUGCGGCCCGCGCGGCCCGAGCCCUGCGGCGGCUGCGCGCGGCGGCGGGAGGGCGCCCGGCUGCGGCGGGUGAAGAGGCGGCUGGCGCUGGCCGCUGCCCUCUACCUGCUCUUCAUGACCGGGGAGCUCGUAGGUGGAUAUGUGGCUAACAGUCUAGCAAUUAUGACAGAUGCACUUCAUAUGUUAACUGACCUUAGUGGAAUUAUUUUGACCCUGCUUGCUCUCUGGCUGUCUGCAAAGUCUCCCACAAAGAGGUUCACCUUUGGAUUUCAUCGCUUAGAAGUAUUAUCAGCCGUCAUUAGUGUAUUGCUGGUGUAUAUACUUAUGGCAUUCCUCUUGUAUGAAGCUGUUCAAAGAACUAUCCAUAUGGACUAUGAAAUAAAUGGCGAUAUCAUGCUGAUUACAGCAGCUGUUGGUGUUGCAGUUAACUUAAUAAUGGGGUUUUUACUGAAUCAGUCUGGCCACCUUCACUCCCAUUCACACCCUCACUCUCAUGUUCCUCAGUUGAACUCUCCUAACACAGCCCACAGCAGUAGCCAUGGACACAGCAGCCUAGCAGUGAGAGCAGCAUUUGUACAUGCUCUUGGGGACUUGGUACAAAGUAUUGGUGUUCUUGUAGCUGCAUACAUCAUACGCUUCAAGCCAGAAUACAAGAUUGCUGAUCCUAUAUGUACUUAUGUAUUCUCCAUACUGGUGGUUUUGACAACAGUCCGAAUUCUGUGUGACACAGGAGUCAUUAUUCUGGAAGGAGUUCCAAGGCAUUUGAAUGUGGAUCGUAUUAAGGAAGACUUGAUGAAAAUUGAAGAUGUUUAUUCUAUAGAAGAUUUAAAUAUCUGGUCUCUCACUGCAGGAAAAACAACUGCCAUAGUUCACUUGCAAUUAGUUCCUGGUAGUUCAUCUAAAUGGGAGGAAGUUCAGUCUAAGGCCAGACAACUGCUGCUGAACACAUUUGGGAUGUACAAAUGCUCUGUCCAGCUUCAGAGUUACAAACAGGAAAUAAGCAAAACCUGUUCAAGUUGUCAGAGUUCCAGUGCCUAAUUUCGUAUGUUUUGGGAACUGCUGCCUUAUUCUUUAUCUUGUAGUUAAAGACUGAGAGCAAUAAAUGCAAAAUCAAAAUGAUCAAAUAGAAUCCUUAAUGUGUUAAUUUGUAUCAUGUAACAUGCAGCAGGGAGAACUGGUGCUGCAAAAUGUGCAGUAGUUGCCCUACAGAACAUGUAUUUCACUCUCUUCCUUGUACUGGUUUAUUCAAUUUAUUAUGAUUUUGAGACAAAGUUGUUUGAAGAUUGUUGUUUACAGAUUGCAACACAGCUCUGCAGAUACCUCACAAAUUACAGAUCAAUGUUGUCCUUUGAUAACUGUGUACCACGAAGUACCUGCACUCUAAAUGGAGCAUCAAGUGUUCAGUAUUUCAAUUAAAAUCUCUAAUGCUGAUCAUGCCAGCAUUCCAUGAUCCCUGAAUUCACUAUACAGUAUUUUUGCAAUAGUCAUUUUCAUACAGUAUCUUAAACUUUGAUGCAUACAGUGAUAGUUGAAUUCUUUUAUAGAAUUGUCUCUUCAGAAACAUUGCAAAACACAAAAUUUACGGUACCCAGACCAGAAACUUAGCUUAAUCUGGACAUUCAGAGACCCAGACAGGCCAAUCCUUGCCCAGGCUUCUGGUGUUUAACUAGAGACACAAAACUGGACCCGAAGUGUUUAAGUGAUCGGUUAUCUUUAAUGUAUUUUAGAAUAGGCUUCAUACCUUAGAAACAGGUAUUUAUUUUACGAAGUUUUGAGUUGUAAGAUGACUUUGUUAUUAAUAUUCUUGAAUGUCUAAAACAACAUUUGAUUCAUAUUAAAAGGCCAAUUAAUUAGCAUGCAUUCUAAUUAUAAUUAAUAAAUGUGCUGUAAUUGAACAUUUUUCAUGAUUGAUUUCCAUUGUUAAAAGAAAACUGAAUGAUAGAAAGUAUGCUUGGUAGGGAGAUACCCUCAAAUAUAAUCUGUAGACAUGUAAAAUACAUAGAUCUUCAAGCAGGAAAGUAUGGAGCAGAAAUUUUAGAUACACAGUAUCUCUUCAGUCUUGAAUCUCUGACCUUUUUAUUUCAUCUUUGCUUCAAGCACAGUAGUGGAGAUAUCCUGACAGGAGUGCCACUGAAACAGCAGUACCUCACUACUUAGAUUUAUGAAUAAAACAAAACCCAAGAAAGCUCAGUAACCUAUUUCAUUCCAUUUCUACAAGUCAAGGAAUCCACGAUCCUUUCUUACCUAUGCUGGAAAACAACACUGUAACCACCCUACAGGGGUAGCAUUCUCUUGGGCCUUUUCUUACAUUGGUAGAGGGAAGAGGCAGUAUGAAAAGACUGUUUCCUUAUCCUGACAGCUCAGAGUCCACAAAACUGAACUGCUUAGCCUCGCAGCGGAAUCCCUGAACAUGAAUGUAUAUGGAAGGAUAAAAUCUCUUAUCUGCCUUUUACUUGCCUGUAAUUAUUGCCACUAAGAUACAAUACCUUCAAGCGCAGAUUUAUGCAUGUUUCUGGAGUCAUUUGCAUAAGACAAGCCAAGGGCAACAAGAAUAUGACCUGAAAAGUUCAAAAGACAGACAGAAUUUGGUUUCUUACGUUUUGUUUAUUCUGUGCUUUCAUCUCUGAGGAACUUCCACUGAUAUCAAAAGUAGUUCUGCAUUUGGAUCAGAAAGGAAAAUUUCUGCCCUAUAAUAGAUGCUGUGAUAUUCAGUUAUGAAUACUGAUCUGAUUUAUAUCUGCAUUUAGUAGUAACAAACUUGGCUUGUUUUCUUUCCUUUUUGGAUGUAUGGAUCACAUGACAAAUUUUCAGAGGUGAAAACUGACAGCACAGUAUUAGUUUGGGAAAAGCACACCUAACACUGGAUUAUGUUUGUAUUGGUUCUGACAAGAAAUGGGAACACUUUAGUACAGCAUGGGAGUACGUUCAGCUCAGAGGCAAAGUAGCAGUAUACUGGGGAAGUUAAUUCUUUAAUACAGUGUCACUAAAUAAGCCAUAUCACAGUUUAUGAAAAAAGUACAUCCCAUCCUUAUGAACUUCCUGAAAAAAAGCAACAGGUAUUUUGCACAUACUGAUAUUCAAAUAGGAUUUAAAUAAAUUGGGGUUUACAGUCAAUGUAAUUAGAAGUUGAAGUAUGGUAGAUGUGUAUUGUAUUUGGAGUUUUUUAUUGUAAUGAUUUAUUAUACAUUUGUUUAAUUGAAAAAGCAGAAAUGUUUUGCUUUGUUGUGGUUUUUAUUAAAUCAAUUAAACUUCACAUUGCUAUCUUAUAAAAUA